GCUUACUUCACGUCUAAACUCAUCAGUAAGGGUGUGGUACAUACUUUCUACUUCACAGAUGCAUCCUAUGCUGUCUUUCUGUAGCAUGCUCCUGUCUUCUGCUUUGAACACAGAACGUCCUGAAGAUUAAAUAAAAAAAAAAUAAUACAGCCUGUGGGAACGGCGAGAAAGUAGAACAGCCUGCCGAGACCUUGAAACUGACUGAACAAGAUGCUGCUGAAGGGCCUGCUCAUUUUGCCUCAUGUUCUUUGCUUCUUGUCAUCAAUGGCUGCGGCAGGGCCAAUGUUCCUGCUGACCACUCCUUUGGAAAUUCGCCCAGGAAAAAAUGUUAUUAUAGGAAUUGACCUGCUACCAGAUAGUCCACCUGUGGUAAAGGUUGAAGCUGAAAUCCUAAUGGACAAUAUUACAUUGCUUCAAGAGCAAGGAUUGUUUCAAAGGGGAAUUGUUGGAAAACUAGUCCUCCCACCACUUUCCUCAGAUAGCUUCUAUGGGAAUUAUGAACUUCAAGUGAAAGGAUUUUUUGAGAAUAAGAUGAUAUUUUUUAAUAGAACAUCGCUUGACUUCAAAUCUAAGAGUUUUUCUGUCUUCAUUGAGACAAAUAGCGUAUUUUACAAACCUGGCCAAGAAGUAAAGAUUAGGAUUUUGACCUUUUCCACAGAUUUGAAACCUUACACAUCUACAAUUGAUAUACACGUUAUGGAUCCACGUGGAAACCUAAUAGAGCAAUGGCUAGAAGAAAAAGCUGAGUUAGGAGUUGUGUCAAUCUUUUUCCAACUAAGUGAUAAUCCACCACUUGGAGACUGGUCAAUAAAAGUAAAAUUGCAUCAACAACUUCAUUAUCAAACCUUUACUGUAACCCAUUAUGUUUUACCAAAAUUUGAACUUCUCCUGUCCGCACCAACACAUCAUUCAAUGAAAACUGGUUUGUUAGAAGGUACAAUCACUGCAAGAUAUACUUAUGGGAUGCCGGUGAAAGGAAAGCUUGCUAUUACCUUACAUUAUAACACAUUUCAUCAGAAGAAAAACAAUAUAAGCAAGCAAUAUGAGAUAAAUGGUUUUUCAAAGUUUAGCUUUACUGAUCAAGAUCUGCAAAAGCUUAUGAAAUAUGAAAAUACACAUUCUGAAACUUUACCAUUUGGUGGUCCGGUGGAUGUCGUCGCCAUAGUUACUGAGGAUCUUACUGGUAUAUCUUUAAAUCAAACGUCCAGUGUAUAUGUUGUCAACAAAGAGUACUACAGUGAAUUUUACAAUUAUCCUACGGUAUUGAAACCUACACUGAACUUUACUACUUAUCUUAAGAUAAAGAGAUAUGAUGGACGAGACCUCACUGCAGAAGAAAGGAGCAAUGAAGUUUCUGUGACAGUUACCCAAUCUAAAAUGUUUUUCACAGAUGGAAUGUUUAAUGUAAUAACAGAGGAAGAAAAUAACAUAGAGUUUCUACAGUUUUUCACUUAUUUCAUUCCUGAAAACGGUAAAAUUAAAAUUGACAUCCCUUUAAAUUCUGACACAGUCCAUUUAAAGAUCAAGGCAGAAUUUUUGGACUGUGUAAAUUCUAUAGAUGUUGAUGAUGUGUUUAACUCACCAAACAAAACAUAUCUUCACAUAGAAAAUACAAACCAGAACGUAAAGGUUGGAGUACCAUACACCAUUGAAGUAAAGAGCAACACACCAGUGGAUGCAAUAAAAUAUUUGAUUGUAUCUCGAGGAGAAAUUGUCUAUUUUGGAGUUGAGAACUCCACUUUACUAACCCUGAUUCCUCAAAGUUCAUGGACUCCUGAAGCAUGUCUGAUUGUGUACCAUGUAAUGAAUGAUGGGACAGUUCUAAAUGAUGUUACAACAAUAUCUGUCCAUCCUAACUUUGAAAACAAGAUUUUCGUAUCAUGGAAUAAAGUGCAAGUCAAUCCAUUUGACAAAGUUUCUCUGAUGAUCAAUGUGACUGAGCCAAAUUCACUGGUUGGACUUUCAGUUUUAGAUAAAAGUGUACUGUUACUUGGAGACAGACAAGAAAUUACCACAAAACGGGUAUCUGAUGAACUGAGAGACUAUAAUACAAUAAAUCCUAUGCGUGUCACCAAUCCUCAGCGUGUUUUUGAGAGAUGUAAUAUAGGAGUUCUUACAGAUGCCAUCCUUGAGAAAGAAGAUGAAUAUGAUAUAUUGGUGAAAUCAUACCCUAGAUCGGACUUCUUGCCCACUUGGCAUUCUAAUGAUUUUGGUGGUUUUCGUAUCAGAUCUUAUUUUCCUGAGACAUGGAUUUGGGAGAAUAUUAUUUCAGGACGACAAACCUCUCUACAAAUAGACACUGUUGUACCAGAUACCAUCACCACGUGGAUCACAAAAGCAUUUGUCAUUUCUGAGAAUUUAGGAUUUGGAAUUUUGGAAUCUUCUGUGCAGUUGGAAUCAUUUCAGCCGUUUUUUGUUUCCUUAAAUCUCCCUAGUUAUGUUACAAGAGGAGAACAAUUUGUCUUGGAAGUUGUUGUCUUCAAUUAUUUGGAAGAAGAUACUGAGGUUUCUGUAACCCUUGAUCGAAGUGAUGCAUUUGAUAUACAAAUAUCGUUUAUAAAUGCAACUGGACCUCAACAGACUGUAUUGGUCCCGAGUAAAGAGGGAAAAACUGUUUUCUUUCCAGUCAGGCCGAUUCAAUUGGGCGAGGUUCCAAUGACAGUGAAGGCCACAUCCUCCCUUGCUUCAGAUGCAGUAACUCAAAAACUCAAAGUCCAGGCUGAAGGAAUAGAACAUUCAUAUUCACAAACUUUGCUCUUGGAACUGAUCAACAAUAAACCACAAAUGAUUUCAAAGUCUUUGAACUUUACAUUCCCGCUUGAUGUAGUAAGUGGAAGUGAAAAGACAUUUAUCACCGUUGUUGGUGAUAUUUUGGGACCAUCUGCUGCCAGUUUGCAAUCAUUAGUUCAGUUGCCCUAUGGUUGUGGUGAACAGAAUAUGGUCAGAUUUGCCCCAAUAGUCUUUAUAAUGGAAUACCUAACUAAUACCAGACAACCAAAUGAGCUUGCUCCUAAACUGAUUUCAUACAUGAAAGAAGGUUACCAGAGAGAACUUAUCUAUCAAAGAGAAGAUGGGUCUUUUAGUGCCUUUGGAAAUGAUGAUCCUGCAGGAAGUACCUGGUUGUCUGCCUUUGUCCUGCGCUGUUUUUUAAAAGCCCGACCAUUUAUACUCGUUGACCCUGUGGUUCUUCAUAAUACUCUUACAUGGCUUUUGAUACAUCAGAAGAAAAAUGGAGAAUUUUGGGAACCUGGUAGAAUAAUAAACACUCAACUGCAAGGUGGCGAAUAUAGUCCAGUUACAUUGACUGCUUUUAUAAUGUCAGCUCUUAUUGAAUAUCCUGGACUCUUGCAGCAGAAUUUUAAUGCUAGAUAUUCUUUACCUGCAGGCAAUGUAAGGUUCUGGAAGUCUAAUAUUCAGAGAGCCCCAGGCUGGUGGCAACCAAGUUCUGUUGAUAUAGAAGUGGCAUCUUACGUCCUAUUGUCACACAUAAUACAGAAUCGUGUUUCUGAGGGAGUAGCAGUGAUGAAAUGGUUAAGCCAACAAAGAAAUCACCUUGGAGGAUAUUCUUCUACCCAGGAUACUGUAGUAGCUCUGCAAGCAAUGUCCUCCUUUGCAUCUAAGUACUCUUAUAGCAAACCGGCACUGGACAUUUCAGUGGAAGGGGACCAGAUGGAUUCUCUAAGUUUCAGAAUCAAUUCUGAGAACAACAUGGUGCUUCAAAGUAAACAGAUUGCUGUUGGGAAAGAUAUUAAUAUCACAAUCCAUGCGGAAGGAGUUGGAUUUUGCCAUAUUCGCAGAAAUCUACCACCAGAUGCAUGGUAUUCUAUCAUUUUGAGAGCCUCUGAUCCCCAAAGAACACGCAGAUCUACUGAAAGUAAAGAUUAUUUUGAUUUAGACGUUACUAUACUGGAUAGUAUGGAAAAUAUAAAUGUUGUGACUUUAAAUGUAUGUACAAGGUGCUCUGAAGGUGAAUCCUCUGCUCAGACUGGCAUGGUUGUUCUACAAGUGGAUUUACUCAAUGGCUUCAGUUUAGCUCCAGAUGGUAUUUUACUAAAAUAUCCAAUUAAAAAGGUGGAAACAGUCGAUGACAAAGUCAACAUAUACCUUGAUUCUCUCAACCAAACAGAAGUUUGCUUAGAUAUUCCAGCAAUUCGAAGUUCAAAUGUUGGCUAUACCCAAGAUGCUUUUGUAUCAGUCAUUGACUACUAUGAACCUGGGAGAAGGGCAGUAAAAAACUACAAUUCUGAAGUAAUGAAGACAUUGUCCCCUUGCUCAUUCUGUAAGGAUGAAUGUAGCAUAUGUUUGGAAGGCAACGAUGCAUCUCAACCAUCUACUGCCCUGUCUUAUUCCUUAUUGUUAUUUAUAUUGUUUGUCAUAUGUAUGUAAAAAAAACUAAUUUACAGUAGUAGCAAUGUCACAUUUCAUGUGUGUGUCCUACAGGUUUACUGAGCAGUAUUUCCAAGUGUCAUUGGUUUCUUGCACCAAACAAAGUUGUGUAUAUGUAUAUGAGGAACCAGUGAUCAUCACUGCUUUAAAUAAGAAUCUGUAUUUACAUGUAGUUUUAUACUGACAUUUCUUACAUUAUGCCCCCAGCGCUUUUGUAUUAUAUUUCUGAAAUCACUUUUUUUAUUUCUCAAAUCUAUUUUGCCGUCUCUUAAGAAAUACAAUUAUUCAGUUUUUCUCUUUAGUUUUAGGCAACAAAAAUGCAAAAGAAAUGCAGACAGAUAAUAAACUGCUGUGGUAUUAGAAAUGUCUCACAUAAUGAAUGCUUCAUAAUCCAGGUCUAAAUCCAGAACUUCAUCUUAAAUUUAAAUGCCACUUUUGAUAUCCCCCUGCAUUGCCAGAGGAUGUGUUUAAUUUAUGACGAGGCAAAUGCCUCAUCAUAAAUUAAGUACAUCCUUUGGAAAUUCGUCCGCCUAUCAUGGGAUCUAUGCCAGAUCAUAGCUGGUGUAGAUUUCAGUCAUUGUUUAUACUAGAAAACUGGUGUACAUGAAUAAUAGGUCUGCCGCGGCCAAUGACCAUGCCCACACCAUGCCUUCUUUUCACAAAAUGGAGAGAGCAGCGUAAAAAUGCAGUUUCACCAAUUUUUUAAAUGCCAUUUAAAUAGUUGCAAACCCAAAGCUUACUACCGUUUUCUGCCAAUUUCUGGCAUAGAGGCAUGAUUAACGAACCCCUAUGUCUCUAUAACAGAGUAUUUAAAUACCGAGAACUAGAGAUGAGCAAAGUUUUCAGAAAUUCGAUUUGGAUGCUUUGGUGACUUUUUUCAAGAAAUUUGCUUUUAUGCAGACAGAUCCGCACCUAUAAUGCAAAC